UACCCCAUCUCCAUAUUAAAAUUUCUCCAUUGUUCAACUGUCAAAAUAUUUUUCAUUGUUGAUAUUAUGUGAUUUUGUUUGGCAUUUCAAUAAUACCUCAACAAAUUCAAACUUUGAAAUUCACCAGUGGCCGUUGAUUCUUGAAUUGAGUAGAAAUUCGCAAGCAAAAUGUUGCUGGCUUCUCGGGUUUGCCGUCUGAGAGUCAGCCAAGCAAAUCUCUGCAUUCAUUUCUCCAAGAGACAGAAAAAUGAAUCAGCAGCAGGAGAUGAUCCGCGGAAGCCAACAAGGCUUCCGUACAAAGAGACGCAAAAAGUUGUGAUUUUGGGUGCUGGAAUCGCAGGCUUGUCCGCUGCUCAGAGACUUGCUAAGUACGGCUUCAAGAAAAUCACAAUCCUUGAAGCCUCAAACAGGGCUGGAGGUCGCGUGAGCACUAGUUUGAUCGGAGGCAGUGUGCUGGAGCUCGGCGCGCAGCAAUUUGAAGAUGCCAACUUGGCCAACAGCGCCGUCACCUUGGCGGCCAGGGAGGAGUUGAUUAAGGGACCAAAACCUCGUCUGCAGGCUGCCUUUGGCCACAUUUACGCAUCUGACGGGCGCUCCAUCGCACCCAACGUCGUGGACGCCGCCAGAACUGCGUUUGCAAAUGCGCUGGCCAAAGUGAGACCAACGGCCAACACAUCUCUGCACGACGGUCUUCAACGAGCCCUCAAGAAUGAAGUGAUUACAGUGGAGAGUCACGAACAGGAAGACGCAAAACGCGUCCAGGAAGCUCUGAUGCUUGCCCUGAGAGGCAUCGUCGGGGAGGAUUUGCAGCUCGUCAGUUCCGAGCACAUUCAGACGCACUCCAUCAUUCCUGGGGGUCAAAUGAGUUUCCCCGAAGGAGGAGUUUCAUUGAUCUCUCCUCUUCUCCGUGACCUGCCCGCCAACAGCCUCAAAUUAGAUCACCCUGUGUGCACCGUUCGCUGGGGCAGCACCCUCGAGCCUGACGACCCAGCACCGGCCAAGGUUGUUUGCUGCUCAGGAGAGGUCGUGCCGGCUGACUUUGUGCUCUUCACCCUUCCAUUGGGCGUCCUCAAACAGCACGCCCUACGACUGCUGCCCAACAUCCCUCGAAAGAAACUGGAUGCCAUCAGCAAGCUGGGUAUUGGUCGCUCCAAUGUGCUCUGCCUGGAGUUCGAAAAGCCCUUUUGGGUACCCAGUACUGGAGGAGAAGUGGUGCAACUUGCAUUCAGCAAACAGCAACACAAGAAGAACGGUCCACCUGAGCCAGACCAGUGGUUCGAAUGUUUGACGAGUCUCAAGGAGCUGUCGGGCAACUCUAGAGUUCUGCAUGGCCUUGUUACCGGACCUGGCGCAGUCCAACUUGAGGAGCUCAGUGACGAGCAGGUCAUUGAGGAUGUAACACGGCUGCUGCGUCAGCACACAGGCAACCCUUUGAUUCCUGAGCCUGUCAGGGUGGUGCGUUCUGCCUGGUGUGGCGACCCCGACUUCCUUGGCAGCUCCACUUUCCUGAGCGUCAGCGCUCGACCCGAGCACAUCAAGACUUUGGCCCAGCCCAUGUGCGAGGAAGACGAUGCAGACCGACCUGUGGUCAUGUUUGCUGGCGAGGCUACCAACGAAGCCCAUCUUGGAACCUUGCACGGCGCGCAGUUAAGUGGAGUCCGCGAAGCCGACAGGAUCAUCUCUACUGUUGCUCACAUGGAGAAGUGUUGCCCACCCAAGCCUAAAAAGUAGUUUGGUUCAUAUUUAAAAAUAGUUAUAAAAGUUUUCAUUUAGAAAGAACGUGAUUUUUAUUGUUAUUUAUCUCCUUUUGGACUUGAGAAGCAUCUAAAUUCCAAAUAGUUUAGACAAGUCUUUGAAACUUUUUCCUUCGAGGAUGACAUCAGUCAUUUGUCUUGAGUAAAAUUUCUCAAGGAUGAACACUUUGAGGCACAAUUUCUUUUUAGCGACAAUCACACUCAAGUGAAGUUGCUUUUGUUUUCCUGCAAUUAUAUUGGCAAAUUAAUAAAAAAAAAAAAAUUUAAAUUAUUUAAAUAUGCAACCUUUAAAUGAACUUUCAAUCUUCUCCAAUGCUUCACUAACAAUUUUCUCGUCGCUUUCCAUUUCAUCAGGAGAUGGCACGCCUUUGCCAGUCAUUUUGCAUUUGGUUGCUUUGCAGAUGCAGACAAAUCCUUCAGUGAUGUGUUCGAAGAAGUCGAGCUCCACUUCAUCAACAUGACUGAACGGGCUAGUGAUUCCUUUUACGAAAAAAAAAUUAAAAAUCAAUAGUUUGUUAACACAUAUAAUACCAACCUUCUUGAAAUAUGCUGAUCAAUGUAUCCGAGUUUAUGGCUAAAAUUUCCCAUAAAUACUCUUCAAGUGCAGAUACUGGAAGUAAGUUUUCAAGUGCCACCUCAUAAAGUUUGCGCAAACAUGUGCUGGGACCGAUAAUGCAGUAAUUAUGCUCUUUUGACCUCAUAGGCCAAAUGCUCUUAGCAGCUUCAAGGUUUUGUUGUAAGAGAAGCAUGUGAGUCAGUUUUAAUACUGUCUUUCCUACCAAUAUCAUGUC